AUGAAAUCCAAUUUGAUGUCUGCUGCUCUUGUUCUUUGCAUUGCUACACUUGCUUCGGUUUAUGCAUCCCCAAAUCCUUCUUGUAGGAAAUAUAACAUUGAGCGUAAAAUUUGUAUUGAAAAUUCUGACAAUAUUUCCACAAAGGAUUGCAUAUGUAAUUCUGAAAAAUUAAAUACAUUAUAUAAUGAAUGCCAUGGAUCUAAUGUCGAUCCUGAACAAUUCUUCAUAACCGAACUCUGUAACAUUAAUUCUGUCAACUUAAUGAAGAGGUGGACACCAAACUUUUAUUCAAACGAACCUGAUUCGACUAUUGAACAAGAACAAGUUACACGAAAGAUGUUUAUUACAAUAUAUGAUAUUGUUGUGUUUUUCUUUAGUGUGGUCUUGGGCAAUUUUUUCAGAGAAAUCAAAUCACGAGGAUCGCAUAAGAUUCCUAUGGAAGGUCCUGUGAUUUUCGUCGCUGCACCUCAUGCAAAUCAGUUUGUUGAUCCACUGAAUUUGAUGAUGAAUACCAAGCGCAGAGUUUCAUUUUUAAUUGCAGAAAAGUCCAUGAAACGUAAAUAUAUUGGAGCCAUGGCCCGUGCUGUUCAUGCAAUUCCCGUAGCAAGACCACAAGAUUUGGCCAAGCAAGGAAUAGGGAAAAUUCAUUUGGUUGACAGAAAAACUGACCCUUUACGUAUUACAGGGAUUGGAACUGAAUUCACAAAACAAUUUAAAGUUGGCUUUCAAAUUGCACUUCCUAAUGAUCGUGGCUCAUCUGAAGUUACUAAAGUAAUAUCAGAUACAGAACUAUUGAUCAAAAAAGAAUUUAAAGAUUUGAACGCUUUAGAAAUGUUAACAAAUCCUGAAGGAACUUCAUUCAAGUGUUUGCCUCAUGUUGAUCAAAGCCAAGUGUAUAAAUCCGUCUUUGAGACAUUAAAUGCAGGACAUUGUAUUGGAAUCUUUCCUGAAGGUGGAAGUCAUGAUAGGACAGAAAUAUUGCCAUUAAAAGCUGGCGUUACAAUUAUGGCUCUUGGAGCAAUGGCUGCAAACCCAAAGUUGGAUGUGAAGAUUGUACCAUGCGGUUUAAAUUAUUUUCACGCUCAUUCUUUCCGUUCACGAGCUGUUGUAGAAUUUGGCACCCCUAUCUCAAUAUCACCCGAAUUAGUUGAAAAGUAUCGUAAAGGUGGAGUGGAAAAGAGAGAAGCAUGCGGAAAGUUGUUAGAUAGUAUUUAUACGGCUUUGAGAUCUGUUACAGUGAAUACACCAGAUUAUGAAACUUUAAUGGUUAUUCAAGCUGCACGACGUUUAUAUAACCCUGAACAUCAUAAACUUGAACUAUCAGAUGUUAUUGAAUUGAAUCGUCGGUUUGUUGCUGGUUAUAUGAAAUUUAAAGAUGAUCCACGUGUAAAGGAAAUGAAUGAAAAGGUAAUGGCAUAUAAUCAAUUACUGAAAUAUCAUGGUUUGAAGGAUCAUCAGGUUCAUAGAACAGCGCUUGGAGGAAUAAGAGCCUUUACCCUGUUGAUAUACAGAUUACUUGUCUUGAUAAUAUGGGCUAUUAUUGGCUUUCCUGGUUUCAUAUUAAAUAUUCCAUUAAUAACUAUAACCCGUGUCAUAUCCGCAAAAAAGGCAAAAGAGGCUUUAAAGUCAUCCACUGUCAAAGUCGCUGGUCGUGAUGUACUAGCAACUUGGAAACUUCUUGUGGCUCUUGUUGUCAUGCCUGUUUUAUAUGGAUUUUAUACCUUUGUAACGUUAUCAUUAGCCUAUAAAUAUGAUUGGAAUAUAUUACAACUUCGUUGGUGGACCCCUGUGGUUAUAUAUAUUUUGUUCUUUUUAGUUAGUAACAUUACAAUGCAUUUAGCUGAUUCUGGAUUCGAUAUAUACAGGUCACUUCGCCCACUUUUCUUAUCGCUUUUACCAUGGUCACAAUCAUCUAUUCAAAAUCUUCGUGCAGUACGUGAGCAAUUAUCAUAUGAUCUUACAGAUCUUAUUAAUGAACUUGGACCUAAAGUGUUUCCAAAUUUUGAUAAUUCACGUCUUGUAAAAGAAUUGAAGAAAACAGAUGAUUCAGAUUAUGAUGAUGUAUUCUUUUUUCUUGACAAGCAGCAUGGAAAUGUAGUAGGAAGAAGUAGAAGUUCAAGCGGACAUAGUAGUACUAGAACUCGUAGUCGUGCAAGUUCGUUCAAUUCUAAUGUAUUAAGUGAAGGUAGUGCACGUAAUAGUGGAGGCUUUCGAGUUGAUGCAUUCACAGAAUUAUCAAAAGAUAAAGCAUUUUCAGAGGUAAACAAAAGACCAACUUCUAUACCAAAAGUUGAAAUAAAUAAUUAUGAUGAUGAUUCAGGAUAUCAUGGAGAUAAAGAGAUUGAACCUAAAAAAAGUGUGUAA